UUUUACUGUUGGUGUUGAUGCUUGGACUGUGCAUAAGACCGUCGCGACAACUCGUUCUUCGUAUAACAAGGAUUGAAAGACUAGUAGUGGGCUAGUGGGCGUGUGGCGUGUUUUUCCUGGAAAGCCAGCGUGUGUCGGUUUCGUCAGUCAGUCAGCACCCAAGUUAGAUUCCUGAAGCCAGCAACCACGAUGGAAUCCGCAUCGACGACUACCGCUCCCCCGUUCGGAGAGACCCCCAGUGGUCAAUUGCCACCGAUCGUGCAACGCUUAGAACGUGGCGAAAAGACACCUAUAUGUGUCAUUAUGGUGGGAAUGGCGGGGUCGGGAAAGACAACUCUCUUGACGCAAUUGCAACGAUCUCUGGAAACGCCGUCCGUACCGCCCACGCCUGAUGAUUUCGUCGCGGCCGAUACCGCCGCUGACGCCAAAAUGGCAUCGUACGUUGUGAAUCUGGAUCCAGCUACGCUAUCGGUACCCUACGAAGUGUCCAUCGAUAUUCGCGAUACGGUCGACUACAAGCAAGUCAUGCAACAGCACAAACUGGGACCCAAUGGAGCAAUCAUGACUUCGCUGAAUCUCUUUGCCACCAAAUUUGAUCAAGUCAUGACGUUGUUGGAAAAGAGGGCUACGCCGCCCGAACCGCUGCCACCACAGUCACAAAUAGGGAUGGACUAUAUACUGGUGGAUACACCCGGGCAAAUUGAAGCGUUCACCUGGUCCGCGUCGGGAGCCAUAAUGAGCGAAGCGCUAGCCUCCGCCUUUCCGACCGUGCUCUGUUUCGUGGUCGACACGGUUCGCUGCGCGUCGUCCCCCAAUACCUUCAUGAGUAACAUGCUGUACGCCUGCAGUAUGAUGUACCGUACCAGACUGCCCCUGAUCGUCUGCUUCAACAAGACGGACGUGGUGUCGCACGAGUUUUGCCUGGAAUGGAUGCGGGAUCAUGAUGCCUUUCAAGAAGCUCUAGACGACGUCUCCGAGUCGGCCGGGUUUUACGGAUCUCUGACCAGAAGUUUGGCCCUGGUAUUGGACGAGUUCUAUUCCAGUUUCGCCAACGCCGUUGGGGUGUCGGCAGUGACUGGAGACGGAAUGGAUGACUUUUGGAAGACGGUGGAAAAGGCGGGACGUCAAGACUUUGUGUUGGACUACAUAGAAGAUUUGAAGAAUCGGAUAGAGGAGCAGCAAGCUCGCACUCAAGCCAUGGCUCGAGUGAGUUUAUCGAGGUUACAGCGAGACGUGGAUGCGGCGGACUAACUGUAAAGGAUGCUCGGAACGUGGAUAUCAUUGAACCCUGGUAAUCCCUUUUUGAUUUCGUGUCCACGUAGUCAUCAAUACGAUAUUCUCUUGUGUUCGGGACUUAUACAAGCUGCCCUGCCCUCCCUGUCCCAUAGCUGACACUGAAAAUGAGCAAACAAACGGAUUUCACUGCUACAGCACCCAUCCUCUGCAACCCCUUCUAUUGGAGCAUAAGUGGCACAGCUGGUGAAAUUAUCUAAUAAUAGUGUCCUUUUGAUGUCGUAUGGACGCCAACUAUAUUUGGACGACAACCACAUGGACAUUUUGAAGCUCGUCUGGCAGCGUUUUCGGCCACACCUAGCUUGAAAAGUUGACUUCAAAAGAGAAACAAAGCCAGGGCGGCAACCUUUGGUAGCUAGUGCCAAGAGUAUCCUUUCUUCCUGC